AUGUUUAUCUAUAACGUCCUUAAAGAUUUGAGCAGUAUUGCCAUGGAUAAUGAUGGAUCCAGAUCUGUGACCAUUGGGGAUGACUUGCAAGAAAGUUUUUGUGAACGCUUACAAAGAAUUCACGAUACCUUACAUUUAAUAAAGGAUUGCAACUCAUUGAAUGAGACCACCACCAGUAUCUCAGAGACAUUGUUAAUUCAACUUUACGAUGAUUUGGAGAACGUUACCUCGGCUAUUCCGGAUUUAGUUAACGAGAAACGAUUGGGGCAAGACGAUAUUUUGAUGUUCAUGGAUUGGUUACUAUUAAAAAAAUAUAUACUUUACCAAUUUAUUAAUGACGUUCAUAACAUUGAGGAAGGUUUUGCACAUUUAUUAAAUUUGCUAGAGGAUGAGUUUUCUAAGGAUGAACAAGAUAGCGACAGAUACAAUCGAUUUAGCCCGAUGUUUGACGUCAUAGAAGAAUCUACACAAAUUAAGAGCCAAUUGGAGCCAUGGUUGACCAAUUUAAAGGAAUUAUUGGAUACUUCAUUGGAAUUUAACGAAAUUUCAAAGGAUCAUAUGGACACAUUACAUAAGAUCAUUAAUAGGAAUAUAUCUCACUGUCUCGAAAUUCAAGAAGAAAGGUUUGUAUCUCCGAUACGACAUACUCCAUCAUUUACCCUAGAACAACUAGUCAAGCUAUUAGGGACGCACACGGAAGCAACUGAGCCAAAGGUACCAAACUUUUCUGCGGCAGAAGAUAUUCUAUCGAGAAAGUUCUUGAACCUAAAAAAAAAUAUCCCGCCGAUCGAAAAAAGUUUGACUGAUAUUCUACCUCAAAGAAUUGUGCAAUUUGGGCACCGGAAUAUAAAAAAUAUAACUAUCUUGCAAACUAUCCUGCAAAAAAAAUAUGAGCUGAUAAUGAAGGAUUAUAGAUUCAUGAACUCUGAAUUUAGAGAAUUGAAAGUUGAACUGAUCGAUAAACGUUGGAAUAUACUCUUUAUCAAUUUGAAUCAUGAACUAUUUUACAUUCUUGAUGAGAUAGAAAGGUUGCAGUCGAAGUUACUGACAACAAAGUAUUCCAAAGAUAUUACUAUAACGUUCGAGAGGCAAUUGGAAAAAAAAUCAAAAACAGUUUCUAAAACAUUUAAUAUUAUUUAUAGAGCAUUGGAAUUCUCACUUUUAGACGCUGGCGUCGCAUCGAAGACAAAUGAAUUAGCUCAGAGAUGGCUGAAUAUCAAGCCUACAGCGGAUAAGAUUUUAAUUAAAUCCUCUGCUUCAAACAAAAUAGCCACCAACAAGAAAAAGAUUCCGAAACCGAAAUCAUUAGGCUUUGGGCGACCGAAUAGUGUUAUUGGGACUAUAACCCAGGAUUUCCAGGAGAGAGUUGCCAUAGAUGACGGUGAUAAUAAAUUAUCGGAAGUUCCAAAUACGACAGUGGUCCCGAAGGGCAGAAAACUCGGUAAAGCGUUACUACAGAAGAUGAAUAUUAAGCCUGCAACAAGUCCAGAUUCAUCAAACACAAUCAAUCCUUUUUUUGAUCCUGAGUCACCAAACAGAGGUAAACUGGUACUAAGCAGUGUUCCUCCGUUACCUUAUGACGAGCCCGACAAAAUUAGGCCCCAUGUUUAUCGUGAUGAGGAUAAGAAGUCGCCAGGCUCCUUCAUUAUAUCUAAGCAUGAAAAUGAAGCGCUGAUUACGGAAACUCCACUGUUGGCAAAGAACAAAUCUGUGCUUGACGUUGAAAAGGAUAAAUGGAGGCAUUACCAGUCGUUGCCCUCUAAAAUCCCUACAUACAAGGAUAAAUCGAUGAAAGUAGCCGUAGAAAACACACCGAUAGCAAAGAUUUUCCACACUCCUCUAACGAAAAUUACGUCCUCUAGUAGUCAGGUCUGGGUCCCUUCGACAAGAAGAAGAACCCAACUGAGGCCGCCUACCCCCUUGUCACAACUACUUACACCAAGAAAAGGGCGCUCAAGUAGAACUCCAACUUACUGA